AUUUUACGUCUUUAACUCCAUAGUAAGGGAAUGCACAUUUAUGCAAAGAUGACAGAGAUAUCCUUGCUCUUUAUGGCCGCGUGCAUCGCUUUAAUAACUGCAGAAUCAUCUGUUUAUUUCCGAGAGCAAUUCGAAGACGGUGACACUUGGAGAAGCCGAUGGGUGGAAUCCAAGCAUAAAUCCGACUAUGGGACGUUUGUGCUCUCAGCAGGCAAUUUUUUUGGCGAUGCCGAGAAAGAUAAGGGUCUUCAGACCAGUCAAGAUGCUCAUUUCUAUGCACUGUCAUCACGCUUUGCGGACUUCAGCAACAAGGACCAGUCCCUUGUAAUCCAGUUCAGUGUAAAACAUGAGCAGAGCAUUGACUGUGGUGGUGGCUACAUCAAGCUUUUCCCAUCUGAUCUCAAACAGGAAGAUAUGCAUGGAGACGCCACUUAUAAUAUCAUGUUUGGUCCUGACAUCUGUGGCCCCGGCACCAAGAAAGUCCAUGUUAUCUUCAAUUACAAAGGCAAAAAUUAUUUGAUCAACAAAGAUAUCCGAUGCAAGGAUGAUGAAUACAGUCAUCUGUACACAUUGAUUGUCAAUGCAGACAACACUUAUGAAGUCAAGAUUGAUAAUAAGAAGGUGGAGUCUGGAUCUCUGGAAGAGGACUGGGACUUCUUGCCCCCAAAGAAGAUCAAGGAUCCUGAAGCGAAAAAGCCAGAGGAUUGGGAUGAAAAGGAGAAGAUUGACGACCCUGAUGACAAGAAACCAGAGGACUGGGACAAACCUGAGAACAUCCCCGAUCCUGAUGCCAAGAAGCCCGAUGACUGGGACGAUGAGAUGGAUGGGGAGUGGGAGCCACCCAUGGUCACCAAUCCUGAAUAUAAGGGUGAGUGGAAACCCCGCCAGAUUGACAAUCCUGCUUACAAGGGGAAAUGGGUGCACCCUGAGAUUGAUAACCCGGAAUACACUUCCGACAGCGAAAUCUAUAAAUACGACAGCAUUGGAGUUAUUGGACUGGACCUGUGGCAGGUGAAGUCUGGAACAAUAUUUGACAACUUCCUCAUAACCAAUGACCCAAAGCUGGCAGAAGAUGUUGGCAAUGAGACUUGGGGUGCCACGAAGGAUGCUGAGAAGAAGAUGAAGGAAAGUCAAGAAGAGGAAGAGAGGAAGAAGCGUGAGGAAGAGGACAAGAACAGAAAGGAGGAAGCAAAGGAUGAUGAUGAUGAGGAGGAGGAGGUAUAUAAGGAAGAAGAAGAGGAGGAGGAGGAGGAGGAAGAAGAAGAGGAUGAUGAUGAGGAGGAGGAAGAAGAGGAAACAGACUCUAAACUCAAAGAUGAGUUGUAGAUUUAAAAAGAAACUUGUGAAGACAUGCCUGAUACCUCAUGACUAAUGGGGUGGACUAAUGCUGGACAUUACUUUUUGUUGCAUGUCAGAUGAUUCUGACAGUAUUUUUUCCCUGCCACUACUGCAACCCUAUUUACAGAUUUAACCUUUUCAGGAUUUUCAUUUGCAUGAUGUCAAGCAAGUCCCAGGAAUUUCAGUCA